CCAUAAAUAACAUAGAACCUACUAAGACUUGUUCAACAUUAGUUGACCAAAUAAAAAAAUUGAGGGUAGUUUGCUUAAAUUUGCUUUUGUAGUUUUUACAAGAGGAGGGUAGUUUGAAAAGUUUACAGCUCAUUCGCUAAGUUUUGAAUCACAUUCUACCAGGAGCGAGACGGACUCGCGCGCAAAAAUACGAUCCUUUUUAAAACAAAUUUGGAAAUAUGUAUAUAUUAUUCAACGUUAUUCCUUGUGUGUUAGAUGAAUAUAUUUUGCAAUAUAUUUACACAUACGAUUGGAAUAAUUUAUUUCGAUUGACUGCGGUGGCCGUGCUUGCAACUAUUAUUGCGCGCUGGGUGAUCGCUUUCUUGAAACAAAAUUGGUUGUGUCUUCCACCAGGACCUUAUGGACUUCCGAUCAUCGGAUGUUUGCCGUGGCUGUACCGAGGCUCCCACCACUCUUGGUACCUCAAAUUGGCUAAACGUUAUGGGAAUAUAUUUUCCUUGAGACUGGGAAACAGCCUUGUGGUAUGCAUUUCAUCAGCUCAUAUCCUUAGAGACGUGUUCAACAAAAGUGAUUCGAUCGGACGACCCAAGACCCCGUUGAACAAUCUGCUAGACGGUUAUGGGAUCAUACUAAGCGAAGGUAUCCUGUGGAAAAGGCAACGCCAAUUCGUUCUUGACAAGUUCCGUGCACUCGGUGUCAGAUUGUGGGGCAGGCAGAAGUUUGAAAAAUGCAUUAUUGACGAAGUGCAAGAGAUGGUAACAGAAAUAGCCGUUAAAGAAGAAGAGCCCCAAGACCCCAUCCUGGUUCUAGGCAGGCACAUCCACAACGUGAUAUGUCAGCUGAUGAUGAGUUACCGUUUCGUUGACGGAGAUCCGCAAUUUCAGGCUUUUAAUGCGUUGGUUACGCGAGGAAUGCAGCUGUUUGGUUCCGUCCAUAUAGGCGAACAUCUACCUAUUUAUAUGAGAUUGCCGGGUAAGAAAGCAGUUCUGAAGGAGAUCAAGGAGAACCUGGACAAGAUAAGCAGCUUCCACGAGGCGCAUCUGAUAAGGCGGGUUGUAAUGCGGAAGAACUCGUCAAUGGACUACACGCCUGGGGACCUGCUGGACUACUACCUGCAGGAGAUGUACAAGGACAUUGAGGGUGUUGACCUGCAGAUGAUUUUAGAAGAUAAGGAGAAUGUUAAGCAAGCGGUGCAAGUGAUGAACGACCUUUUUUCUGCCGGCAUGGAAACGUUGAGGACUGCUAUCGUGUGGCUGUUGCUGAUGAUGAUUCGGGAGCGGGAGGUGGCUGCUAAGGUUCGAGAGGAGAUGUCGAAAAUGGUUGAACCUGGGCAACUUGUGACCUUGGAACAUCGUCCGCAAAUGCCCUACGUGGAAGCCGUCAUCUUUGAAACCUUGCGCAUAACCUGCAUUGUACCUUUGGGCACUGAGCACGUCAACACCUCGGACUGGAAGGUUGAGGGAUACACAAUCCCGGCUGGCACAACACUCAUACCCUUGAUCAACAAGAUCAAUAUGGACCCCGAAAUCUUUCCUGAGCCGGAAAAGUUCAAUCCGGAGCGUUUCUUGGAUAACAACAGCCUCAUAAUGCCUGGUCACUUCAUACCUUUCGGGAUCGGUCGCCGUAUCUGUUUGGGCGAGCAAUUGGCAAGAUUGGAGCUGUUCAUCUUCUUUUCGAACCUGAUGAACAACUUCGACUGGGUAAUACCGGAGGGAGACGAGGUACCAGGCAUGGAGGGUACCUACGGUACCAUCCACAUGCCUCCGCCUUUCGAGGUCAUUUUCAAGAAAUGGCCCUGAAUUAACGGGAGCGAAAUUAUUUUAACAGUAGAUUCAAUAUUACGAAUUAACUAAUACGAAGCUAAUUUACUGACAGCAUCAAUAGUCUAAAAUAAAUAUUAAGUCUAAAACUAAUAUUAAGUCUAAAACUGCAGCUAAAAUUCAAAUUCCCGUUCAAUUUUUACGUACCUUCAUCAUUAAAUUCAACAUCUUUCCAACUCAAUGAAUUAGCUUAGUGUAAUUUAAUUUCGUACAUUUUUUUCAUUUUAUGCAUGCUAAUUUUAAUACAUUUUAUUAUUUUGACAUUUUCUUAUUCUUAGUAUUAAUUAGGCUAGACAUUUAAUCAUGUCAGAUUAAAUGAUUUUUAACGAUUUGUGUUUCAUUUUAAGUAAGUGGUUAGUGGUAA